CAAGCCGGUUCUAUAAAGUCUGCUCUGUUCUGCUCGGUCUAUCGAAUCCUAUAGGACCAUCUAUCCUUCUAUCCAUAUACGAAGCAAUCGACCAACCUCGCAAUCAGGCCGCGAAGCUAUUAUCAAGGCUAGCAUACCAAUCAAAGCAACAAUGUCUAUCGAAACCCAGCAACUCCACCGCGCUCUAAUCACAAAAGACCGUACGCUGCCAUGCGCCAGAUAUCGGAGCAUGAAUGAAAUCCUCCCAACCCUCUACCUUGGCGACUGUAAGGCAAUCCUCGACCCAAUAACCCUCCUAUCCUCCGGCGUAACGCACGUCCUCUCACUACGGCAGUCGCCCGUGUACAUGCGCCACCAAGUGAAUGUAAAGCACUGCCAAAUCUUCAUUGAUGAUACGGAAGACACCUGGCUGCUCGACUCACUCAAUGCCGCAAUGGAUUAUAUCGAGCGCGCCAUGGAAAGCGGUGGAGUCGUGCUUGUGCACUGCCAGGAGGGGAGGAGCCGGAGCGCUAGCGUUGUCAUUGCUUUUCUUAUGAAGCAUUUCCGGGUCUCGUUUGAGGAGGCUUGGGGAUAUGUACGCCGCCGACGACCGGUCGCUGGGCCAAACCCGGGAUUUGUGGAUCAGUUGAAGAUCUGGGAGAGGAGGGGAUAUUGGUGAUUUUCUGAAAUCUUCUUUUGUCUUUCCUCCCUUUGCUCUAUUGUUGUCGGGUAAUGUUUGAACGAGGACACACUCCUAACGGAAACCUUUCCUUGUAAUUGUUUAUUACUGUUUCUCCAUUCCAUAUGAUCAUCAGCUGGGGAGUUUCGGUCAAGUUUUUAUUUAUUUAUUUUUUAUCUACAGCUUGCAUGAACGAUGGCGCAUUCAUUACCACCACGGGUUCCUUUGUCGGCCUCGCUUUUUAUUUUAUUUUUACCUCUCAAGUUUGCCUGUAGUCUAAUUAACUCUGGGGGAAAAAAAUCGAGAUAUCAUACAUUGCAUAAA